CGAUGAAGAAAAGUUCUUUUCCCCGGAGAGUGAUCCCAUCUGAUUCGGAAGUGAUGGCGACGGCCAGUGGCAGUGGAAUAAGGCACGGUUCUUCGUGGGUACAGAGGAAGAUCAACUUGAGGCCACAACAUCGGGGCGGCCAUCUCAUUACGGACGAGGUUGUGAAACAAAUGCCAGAGAUUUCCCAGUUCGCCGUCGGCCUCUUUCACAUACAGAUUAUGCACACAUCUGCAAGUUUGGCAUUAAAUGAGAACUGGGAUCCAGACGUUCGAGAUGAUGUAGAGAACUUCAUGAAUAAAUUAGUACCAGAGAACCUACCUUACCAGCACUCCUGUGAAGGUCCUGAUGACAUGCCUGCCCAUAUCAAGGCUAUUCUGUUUGGGUCGAGCCUGUCCAUUCCGAUCACGGAUGGCAAGCUCAACCUGGGCACCUGGCAGGGCAUCUGGCUCUGCGAGCAUAGAAACAGGGCAGGCUCCAGAAAAGUGGUGGUGACAAUCAAUGGCUCCUUGAAAGACUGAAGGGUAGGGUGGUGCGAUGACUACACAGACUUUGCCCCGAGGCAGCCACAAGACUCUCCUUGCGGGAUUGCAGUGACUGAGGGUGAAAUUGUGCUGUAGCUGUGCCAGGGCAGUGUGAAAGCAAGGAAAGCCCAUGGAGUACACGGCUUUUCGCAGCCACCGCCAACAGCACCACCACAUCCACCGUAUUGAAAACAGAGCAACCACUGCCACAGAUGUCAGUGACCAGCGAAGGCAACACCCCAUGCUGCUUUUCUGCAGGCACAGAGGAAACUUGAAAGGACAUUUAAAUAUCCCUUAUCAUCCAGCUUGCUACAUGAUUACUUUUUUGUGUCGCUUUUUUAUUUCUUCUUUUUAAUUAUUUACAUUGAUGUUUGUUGAUCAUCGGUGCUAUGUAAUUCAUCUUAUUCAAACACAUUUGCAACUGUGCUGCCUUAACGCAGAGCAACAGCUUGUUUGAUGCUUCUUGUGUCAGUAUGAAGCUAUGGUUUUUGUGGCAGUUUUGAAUCUAUGGUUUUUUAGAUGUGGCACGUGCAAUUAGCAGCAGCAGACUUGAAAAUCAUAAAAAAAUUUUUUCCCUCUGUAAAAAAAUGUUAUUACGACUACAGCCCCUCUACGUCAGUUGUUUAGACAUAUGCUCCAAAGACGAGGUCAGUGGUCAUUGAGGCGUCAAUCUGUUCAGACACAUUUUUUUCCUCACAACCACGUUUGGUCAAGCUAUUGGCACCCGUGAGUUCAAGUGAGAAUACAUGGACAGUUCUCUACGUGACCUGUGUGCCUGUGCAGCUGUGCUUGUGCACCAGAAUGUUUAUUGGCAUUUUCCUUUCGCAACUCAUUUACUUUACACAUUCCACCUUUGGCUUGAAGGUUCUCCGUGACCUGCUGCAACAGUGAGAAGCCAUUAGAUGUAGACCUCUUGACACCGACAUCACCUCAGUGCUGUGAAUGCAGGCUUGUAAUUAAUUGACCAUGCUAAUUGUGUACAUACUUCUGGUAGCACGGUCACGAAUUUCCUAACAUUAGUAGGACGCUCCGGUCCAUUGAAGUGACACACCAUGGUUGUUGCUUACAGCGCUAGUCUCUCGGUCUCUCUCUCUCUCCCGUUUUGUACCACACAGUAAUUUCAGGGUUGUGCAAAAUGACGAUAGCUGUCUUUGUGAGUGGAGCAUUGACAGCUGUGUUGGCCUUAUUAUGGGCCACGAAAACGUAGCAUAUUUUCGAAGAGCGACCCCACUUAGCAUGCACUUGGAAACGUUUGGGCACUGAGCUCCUUUAUUUGUGGGACUUGUGAUGGAUUGAUGCAUUCGGUUGUGCUGGGCAGGCGACGAUGCAAGGAAUGCCUUUUAAGUGCAAGGUGUCUGCAAAGUCCUGCCAUUACUUUUCUACUCUGCUUUCUAGCGCCCCUCAUGCUGAGCUGCUUGUACAUAGCGCGACCAGAGUGGCACCUAGCGCAGGACUGGCAUACUUUCUUUUGAGUCAAUCACAUCCAUGCCAAGCUUUGGUCAAUUUAUGUGCCACAGCUUGUUGCACUCUGUGUUUUCUGUGAAGAUUUCUCAGAUUGGCCUUAAGACAACUGCAGAAAACUGGCACAAACAUAGGCUGUGCCCUUUAAAAAGGCGUUGGGAAGCUGGAUUGAAAAUUUUGCGAUUCCCUACAAAAUGAGUUGGCGUUUUGCUAGGCUUGUUCUGCAUAAGUCGUGUAAAAAGUACCUGCAGUUCUCCAGCUAUAUUCGAGGGUCUUUGCUGUUGAAUUCCAUGAGGGAGAUAUGUAGUAGCCCAUAAAACUGGGGGCACAAGAUGGUGGCACUGCUACUCAUUAUUGCCAACUGUGAACCCUCCUCCCCCUCUUUCUUUUUUUUGUGUAAUGUGGGUCUAGCAUUUUUAUUGCUUAUCACCGUUUUCUCUAUGAUUAUGGAGUCAUUUGUUUUUCUACGCACAUAUGAUGCUGGAACAAAACUACUGUAAUAUAGACAAACCAUAUGGCUCAUAUGUAGAUGUAUGUAGUUGCAAACUGUUUUCUCACCGUUAGCUGUGACUGCAACUAAUGGUUAUACAGGUGGUUUGUAAGUGUCAGCCUUCAAAUAUUCUUGCAGUGGCUGCAGCAGAGACUGGAUGUUAAGGGCAAAUAUCGGUUCACCUAAAGCACACAAGAAGAUCAGUAGUAUCUACUUGCAUCUAAUUUUCACUUACACGAGGCAAUAUAAGGACUGUAAGCCUUAGAAUUAGUAUGCUUUUGAAAUGUUGAAAUGAAUGUUGCCUCUGCCAGAAAGCAUUUAUGGAAACUGCCAAAUUGCCAUCUCGAGUUGUAAGGCCAACAGUUACAAAAUUGAGCUUUGUCAGCCUGUACAGCUUACACAUAGCAUAUUGAUGACAUGAGCUGGGUUGGUUGGUUAAUUUACCUGCACACAGAAAAAAAAUAUUGGUGCUUGAAAAACAUUUGCACAAGUCGAUUUAACCAGCUGCCUCUAUACUACUAACUCUCUCAUAUACAUACCUAUUUGUUAUAAAGGCAAUAUUUAAAACAUAUGCACAUAAUAGCAUAUCAUAAAUACUCCAUUGUGAGCCAAUUUCACUGUGUUUAACAAAAAUAUGCAAAAGUGAUUAAACAUACCUUUCUGCUAAACAUAACUGCUUCACUGAUAAGUGAGGCCUGUGAUGCAGCCGUCUUAUUUCCAGGUGCUGAGCCAUGGGAUGAGCAUGUGUACAAAAUAGAACAGCAUGACAUUUUAAGUCAUUUCAGUUACUGGAUUGGAUAAAAUGAGAUGUAAAAAUUAAAUUUUUGCUGGUGGUCUAUACAAAUCUCCGAGUAUAUGAUCCCAAAGACACUGGUCACAUGGGCUUUUAAUUCUAUUGAAUAAGGGUCAUUCAUCCUCCAAAGACAACAAUAAUUGCAACAGCAGCAGCUGAAUUUCAAUUUCUGCUGCAAAUUGAUAAGUGGCGGCGUGCUCCCGACUCUGCAAGUCAAACGUCGUUACCGAGGACGUGGUGUAAAUUUGUACCUGUGGAAAUAUUUGUGAACACUCCGAAUCAGAAGUAGGUAUUGUGUGUUGUGCACUUCUGUGCAUGAGCAGUUAUAAAGCUUUUCGCAAUGUGCUGGGCCACUAUAAAAUGCGCUAGGAUGCUCUGUCAUACAUUUAUUGCAUCGCACUUCACGUGAAAAUCUCUCGCGGCAUAUUUGUCUCGAGCCUUACCUUGGCUUAUUGGUGUGCUUGGGAACUUGCUGCAGGUACAAUUCACACAAAAAUUAAGGAAAAGAAAAGCACGUCCGAGUUCCUUUUGAUUGCAUGGGUUUUGAAGAAAAUAUUCCACGCACAAAUUAGCUCCACUACAUUAGCAACAUGUCAUGUGGCAGAUGGAACACGUUGGUAACCGGCCUGACUUAGUCAUACAUUGAACUGUUUACUGCAGCCUCAUUACUACUUGCACACCUACAGGGAUUGUUCGAUGCGCGUCCUUUUUUUUUUUCCUGCGCAAGCUUCUAGAUGCGACAGUGUUCUCUUGCUUGCAUGUUUGUUUAUUUUUGUCUCGAUUGUGAUACUUGGAUGUAGUUCCCCAUUGAAAUUUCUGUAUGCAGUGUUGCGAUUCCUUCCUUAUAUUUUCCACAUUGUAUAGAAAUUAUGCAAAGUUAACGUGGAAUCUGCAUCAUUUUCAUACAAGUAAUACAGGAGGCUAUGAAACUGUGACUGGUUGCGGAAAUGCAUCACUGUAGUUCUCUCCAGUGUUUUAUCGUGACAUGAUGAUACAAAAAAAUUGAUGACUCAUAUAGUCUUUAUUUGGUCAAGAAAAGUAAAAUUGUGGGCAGCAGGCAUUAUGCAAUGUGCAAUGUGUGUACACUGGUGUGAAUGGUAAGAGUGGUAGAUCCUGUGAAAGUAGAUGAAGCUGCAGGGAGAGGGGAUAUAUUUAUGUCUUGUUUGUUUGUUCUUACAGAGGCCGUAGCUUUGCUAUAUUACUUGAACGUUUCCUCUUUUGUAACAGUGUAAGAACUCGGCAAAAUAAAUUGCUGUAUUUGUUAUACACUCAGACCUCCUUAUAACGAAGUCAUAUCUGCCACAAAAGUGUUUCAUUAUAUCCAAAAAAUUUGUUAUAGACAUAUACUUGCAGCACUGUGUCUGACAGAGCUAUUUUUUAUUUACUUCAUAAUAACCGAUAAUUUGUUAUAUCGAAGUUUGAGUGUAGCUCAUUUGAAAACAUUAGUGAAAGAAAGAUUGAAUGUUUAUUCUUUACUGUCUUCGCCAUUUUACUAGUGCAAUUGAAUUAACGAGAUAACUGUGGCUGUGUGUUGUGGUCAAUAUCUAAGACAGCUAUGUUUUUAAAAAUUGUUGGCAAUAGGUUUCGACUGUAUUCACAAAAAUUUAACUAAGCUGAAGUAUAUCUUGGGGUAUGUUCAAGCUAUGCACACUUGCCUGAGGAUGCUGUUACCGAAUCGAAACUUGUCAAUAUUUUUCUGUUUUGCACUGGCUCCAGAGUGAAUGGGGGCAGUUUUGGUGACAGUCAUUUGUUCUUGAGCCCAGUGUGUUGCCAGAACCAAUGUUUCAACAUGCAGAUUUCUCUUCUUCGAGGCUGUAACUUGACGAAGACAAGUUUGCUUGUUGAAUGUCUCCAGCGACACACUGUUCAAGAAUUUUUCGUUAAAUGGUGUGUUUGUAAGUAGCUUGUUUGUGUUGGUGAGGUGGGUAUUUGCUUGAGGUUCUUCAGUGGCUGCUGGCCUUUUACGCAAGAGCAUAAUUAACUUGGAGCAGCAUGCAUUUCACAUAAUUGCUACCCACUCUUGCAUCUCCUCAGCUGCUGCCCACAGCCACUUUUCCCAAGCUCUGUACAAGCCCCGAUAAGAGCGGGUACUCACAACCUGUGGCAAUGCAGUAAUGGCAACAGGCUGUCUAGCAAAGAGUACCUUUUGACUGGAUGAGAGCAAAACAUAUCAUUCGAAGAAUGUGUAUCAGAAAUUUGCUGUUAAAACUUUCUCAUUUUGGCGUGCGAAAGCAGUUUCUGGGAUGCGUGUAGACCGUGUACCUUCAUAAUGCCGGCGCAUGUGUCGGUGUAUGUAUGUAUAAAAUGUGCAUUGGUGCAGAGCCACCCACAGUUUUUCUUUCUCCCAGAGUUUCCAGUGUAGUGCUUUUUAAAAAAUUGAGGGGAAAAUAGUUUUAUUGUGAGGCUGUUGCUUGUGAAAGAAAGAGAGAGAGAGAAAAAAAAAAGACAGUAAUCCCAACUGUGCCAACGGUCACUGUUACAAGACCAACAGGCAAACGAUGACAUGCUUUUGACUGUUGUUCCUAUGGCCUCUGUGUUCUGGCUUCCCUUCGGUUACAUGCUGGUUUCUUCUCGCUGUUGGUAUAAUAACACUUUUUGCUCAAGACCUGAAGGAUGCGGAGGCGUUCUCAAUCCAUUCAACACAAGCAGACGAGGUCUUUUACCCAGUCUUCCUACGAGACCUCUUGCUGUUAUUCUUGGGAUCUCUCUUUUGUUAAAUAAAGGCUCACAGGCAUAAUUCUCAACGGCUCGCCACGUGUGCUGUGCAGUGAACUCGAAAGGGUUGGUUACGUAGUCGAGCACUUCCAGAUAAAUAAAAAAAUAGGACAAUCUGAAUAGGCGUCAAAUGUAAAAAAGCGUGCAGAGCACGGAAACGAGCACUAACCAAUUUUCACUUAGGUGUCACCAUCUGUGGACAUUGACAGAAUGGCAAGCUUUGCUGUGCUUGUUUCCCCGAGUCUGUUCUCAAUCUAGGCAUUUAAUGCUCCACAAGGCAACUUUUUAUACAAUAAUAAAGUGUGAUAUAUUG